CCGCCACCGCCGCCACCACCAGGAUGCCUGUCAUUUUGUUGGCAGAAAAGGCGUGGCCUGGCAACCUGACCAUCGUUCCUAUCGCGCACAUCAACGUUGCCGCCAACCACAGCCACCACUCCAUCAAGGGGAGAGUGGUGCACAAAGGACAGCUGCUGGCGUCAUCGAGACACAACUUCUUCCUGAAGAUCAUCAUUGAAGACAACUCGGAGCCUCGGGAGGUGUCGGCCAUCGGCGUGGUCCUGCUGGACAAGUUGGCCAGCGACUUCUGCCCGGCUGUCAAUCAAGGGGACGAGGUGACGCUCUCGGGCUUCACCGUGGGCGAUCGUCCCACGGUGGAGAUGGGCAGGCAGCAUCCCUGCGUCCUGGAGAUGUUGGGAGAUGGAGCCUUUGUUCACGUGUCUUGCUCCCCGCCCACUGACCUCUCGGGUCCACAACAAGCCCAGAAGAACCAAGGUCCAGCGACUUCCUCGGCAUCUCGCGUCCCGCCCGCUGACCUCCUGGCUCCACGACAAGCCCAGAAGAACAAAGGUCCAGCGACUCCCUCGGUUUCCAGCAAGCCAAAGCGCGCGUACGUCAAGCUCGGGGACCUGAAACCCGGAGAUGUGGUCAGCGUGUACGGCGUGGUGGUCUUCUUCAAACGGCCAUUCAAGAGCCGCGGAACAGAUUACUGUUCCAGCCUGAAGAUCACUGAUCAAUCUCAGAAAUUGAUCAGCUGCACCAUUUUCUGCCCCACACUGGAGUCGCACCCGCAAAUCUUCCAGAAUGGCGACAUUGUGCGCUUGCACAAAGUCAAGACUAAGCUCUACAAGGGUUCCCUCGCCCUGAUCAGCAGCUUCGGCUUUUCCGCCAUGACCUUCAGCGGAAAGGAGGGCGACGACUUUGAGCCUCAGACCUCCAGCCGGACCUCCAGCCGGACCUCCUCCUUCACCGAGGACGACUACGAAAACGUGAAGGCGCUGCGGUCCUGGGCGGCCGACCAGGACCUGCUGCACCCGGACCCUGGCGUGCCGCUUUCGGGCGUCCAGCCCGAAAUGUACUUCAACCUCACCUGCCAGCUGCUCGCCAAAGCGCCUGUGGACUCCACCUGCACCCUGCUCAGGGUGUGGGACGGCAGCCGGUGUCCUCACGCUCUGCUGCAAGUGACGGUGGACCCGCACGAGACGGAGGGCCCCGCCUUUUUCUCCGAGGAGCAAGAGAUGCUUAUCGCCAACGUGCUGGUGUACGACAACCACGUGGAGUGCGCCCGCCGCCUCAAGCCCGGGGACUUCCUGAGGAUCUUCAACCUGCGAGCCGUCCCGGGUUCCGUCAAAGUUCCUAAGCAGAGCGGCGGGCAAGUGGAGGAGGUCAACCUUCUGGCCUUCCACCUUCACGGCGGCACGGCGUACGGCAGGGGCCUCUGCGCUCUGCCCGACAACAAUCCCGACGUCCUAAAGCUCAAGAGGGCAAUGGAGCUUUUCCAUGCCGCCAACCAAGUCAACGACUCUGCCAUGAUGGAAGUGGAUGAUGCGCCUCCGCACUCUGCAGCGGGCGGAGCUUCCAUGGAGUUUGGCACAGUGAGAAGGUGCGCUCACGAGGUGGCGCCCAUCACGCUGGGCGAGCUGCUGCGUCACGAGCCGGGCGGCUUUCAUCACGUCCGAGCCCAGCUGGCCUCCUACGAGCCCCAGAGGCUGCAUCGGGCGCUCAAACUUUACUGCAGCAAGUGCAACGCCAUGGAGGAGGUUCCCAACGACUUGCACGUGCAGAGCGUUUUAUCCGGGGAGUCGGGCCAGCCCAGUGGGCCUUACGUGAGGCCGUUCUGGUGCUUCGCGGGCAGCGUGUGCCCACGCGCUCCCGCCGCCGCCGCUGACGACGAGCCCGGCGACACGUCCAAGCGCGUGGUCAGAUUUUACCAAUCGGCGCUUCUCGUGUUGGAGCGCAGGACCAAGGAGUUAAUUUUGUUCGCAGGUUACAUGCUACACGAACUACGCCGUAUGGCACGCAGGUACCUGAAUGUGGUUCCUGUCAGUUGGGCACCAAAUGGUCACCUGGCGCUGAUGGACCUGAGCGCGCCGUUCCUCUUGUGCGGAAGGAAGAGCUUCUACGGGUGUAAGCGGUGUUCUAAGGAACCCGCCAUCAUGGACCCCACACUCCAAGGAAGCAAAGUCAUAAAUGAGAAGGACAUCGCCAAAGCAUUCGGCAUUCAACUUCUGAAGUUGGUCCUGGUGCUGAAGUUCCGCCUGCAAGACGGCGACGACACGCUGGACGCCUUCCUGUGGAGGGACGCGGAGACCUUCUUCAAUGUGUCGGUGGAAGACGCAGCGACCAACCAGCGGGCUCAGGGUCAAAUCCGACAAACGCUGGACUCGCUUUGUCCCCCAGAGGGCGCUACAGGUGAACGACCGUGGCUUGACUUGUGCGUGGCGUCAUACAGCGAUAGCGACGCGGACGCGGACGGAAAGGCAGAAACCUUCUACCAGGUCUGCCACACGAGCGCACGAACAUCUUCAACGUUGACGUAGGAAAAGUCAUUUUUGCUGGAUUAUUCCAAAAGGCUCGUGUUUCUUUUCUCAUGUUGCUUCUCUUCAAAUGAAUGCAGGCGGGCCUGAGGCAGGCCCAAGUUCAAGUUAUGUUUGCUUUCUGUUGAGUCAGGUGCAAGGUUUGAUGUCUCAUUGGGAGUGAAAAGUCAGCAAAAUGUGGAAAAACGUACGAGGAGACAUAUUGGGACUCGUAUAGAAGCAGUGAAAAAUAGAAGUGAUUUAUUGUUGUCUUAUUUCUUGACGAAGCGAUAUGCUGCUGCCUGUUCAGUCAAUAAAGUCUUUGGUGGCCACUUUAA